AUGUCCGCAAUUACACGAUUUCGAUGGCUUAGAUAUAGAAUGUGGAGAGUGGUAAUUAUGCGAGUAUUCCUAAUUCUUAUAUUCUGUUUCAUCGUUCUUGAAAUUACUUUUGGCUUACCUAACUAUAAGGAGCGAGCAAAGAAAGAUGCGGAAGUACGCAUAGAAUAUUCCCGAGUUUUUGAUGGCAGACAUUCACCGGUGACAACAAAAGAUUUGCAUAAAUUAAAAUGGAAUGAGAAACAUGUCCAGCGGCUGGCAAAAAAAAAUAAGAAUCGCAUGCCGAAACAUUGGAAAAUACCGAAACCACUUAAACCGUUGGAAUCAUUGAAACCCGUUGGAAUGGAAGAUCAACAUGAAGUGCAGAAUGAACACAUUAAAGCUUCUAAUGAUGAAUCAUUUUACACAAACAGGAUAAUUCAUUUUGAUUUGAAAGGCGCUGCACCAAAAAUCUCAUAUUUGAAGGAAGUAUUAAGGCUUAUAAAAUCAAAUGGUGCUACAGGAAUUUUGAUAGAAUGGGAGGAUACAUUUCCAUUUAGCGGUAUUCUAUCGGAGAAUCGUAAUACUGAUGCUUACACGAUAGAAGAAGUUCGUGACCUUUUGAAAACAGCUAAAUCACUCAACCUUAAUGUCAUACCACUCGUGCCAACUUUUGGACAUUUAGAAUGGAUUCUUAAAGUGGAAAAAUUUAGGAAAUAUCGACAAAAUGAUAUGUUUCCACAGGUUAUCUGUUUAGCAGAUAAUGAUGGCGUUUCAAUAGUUUUGGAAGCUAUACGACAGGUUGUCCAACUUCAUCUAUCAUUCGGAAUAUCAUAUUUUCACAUUGGUGCUGAUGAAGCUUUUCAGUUUGGUGAAUGUUUAAAAGAUCGUCAAUGGUUGGAAGUAAAUAAAAAUAAAGGAAAGGAUAAUCUUGCAGCAAUGCAUUUAGCAAAAAUAGCAAAUUAUGUCAAAACGCUAAUUCCAAAUGUUAGAGUGUUAGCAUGGUAUGAUAUGAUUAAAUCGUUUGAAAUGACAUUGAUUGAGGAAUAUCACCUGGAUGAACUUCUAGAAGUAGUAGUUUGGGAUUAUUCUGAAACGCUGCAACAACAAAAUGAAUUUACAUGGAAUUUGCUCGCUUCAAAAUUUCCAAUAGUUUGGGGCUCAUCUGCUUAUAAAGGAGCCAAUAAUCCAUCCUCGGAGUUUAUGGAUUUAAAGCAUUAUUAUCGAAAUAAUAAGGAAUGGAUUAUUCAUCGAAAAUUAUAUGGCGAUCUAUUUCAAUCAUUCCGCGGCUUGAUCAUAACAGGUUGGCAGCGAUACGAUCACUUUGCUGUGUUAUGCGAACUUCUUCCAGUUGGACUUCCAUCCGCUAUCUUAAAUCUUUUAUUAGCAAAAGCAGGUGAUAGAUUUUCUACUCAAUCAGUAAUUAAUACCACUGCUGCGGCAUUGAAUUGUUCAUCAAUGAUCUCACUCGAACAUAUCCAUUCAUUUAAUUCCUGCGAUUUCCCGGGUGUUGAAUUAUUCAACGUUAUUCAUGCUUUACGUGAUUAUAUCAGCGUGAUCAAAAAUGAAGUUUUUGAAAGUAACCAGGUGAAAGGUUGGCUUAGUCAAUUCAAUGUGCGCCAUGGUUACACUCAACUGUGGUACUUAGUACAGUUGAAAAGUAUCAUUGAAAUGCAUAUUAAUGAAAUGCUCAAUGUGGCCAAAAGGAUCGAAUUUCUGAUGCAACCAAUUUAUCGAAAAAAUACAAUUGAUGAAUGGCUCUAUGAAUAUACUGAUCCGAUCAUACAACAAUUGAUGCAAUUUUUGCAACAAAUUUCACAACUUAAAAAACAGCGAACAUUCACUGUUAGAAAUUUUGAUAUCAAAAGGAAACGAAUGAAUUAUAAUUUCUUCAUUCCGUAA